AUGCACAAAUGGAACGCCCGGCGAAACUUUAGAAGCGUCAUGACAAUGCGGAAUCCGACUACGCCCCCCAAGCCCCUGACCCACCCCAGCUCCGACCGCGAUCCUAGCCGGACACUGAGCAGCUUGGUCUUCACUGGCCAAGGCAUCCAGAGCACUGGCCCCUUCAAUGUCAGCGGAAACAUUAUCAUUAACCAAAAUGGUAAUGUGGCAAACGUGCGCGAGGCCGAGGCCGACCGAAAGCGCGAGGAACUCGAGAAGAAGCGCAAGGAACUCGAGAAGAAGCGCAAGGAACUCGAGAGGAAGCGCAAGGAACUCGAGAAGAAGCACAAACACCGACAAGCACUUCUCAAGACGCUGCAAUUCGAUCAGAUGGACUCGCGCCAGCUGACCAUUCAGAAAGAAUAUCCCAAAACCUGCAAAUGGUUCCUACAGGACGAAGCGUACUGCGAAUGGAUGAGAAACCAAGAAUCGGGCGACGCUGGCAACUUCCUAUGGAUAAAAGGAAAACCUGGAGCUGGGAAGUCAACGAUGAUGAAGUUCUUGUUGGAAUAUACACGACGAAAUAAAAGGGGGCCUAAAGUGAUCUCCUUCUUUUUCAACGCAAGAGGCGAUACCAUGGAGAAGAACACCCUCGGUCUCUACCGAUCAUUGGUGGUGCAACUUCUUGAGUUAUACCCAGCCCUCUUGUCUGUUUUAGACAAAUACCGCAGCAGCAUCAAAUGGAAUGUCAACUCAGCUAAAGGACUCUUCUCGGAAACCGUUGAGGCCCUCGGUAAAAUCCCUGUCAUUUGCUUCAUCGAUGCUCUAGAUGAAUGCAAAGAGCAGGAAGUCCGAGAUAUGAUCGCAUGUUUAAGUGGCCUUUGCGAAAUUGGCAAAAAGCUCAACAUCUGCCUAGCUAGUAGACACUACCCGAAUAUUACUAUCAUGAAAGGACGUAGCAUCGUCCUCGAGGAUAAGGUGGAGCAUCAGCGAGACAUUGCGGACUACAUCGACAGUACCUUAUGUAUUCGCAAUGAAAGUGCUCUGGGGGAAAUCCGGUCUGACCUCCUUAAAAAGGCGUCGGGUGUGUUCAUGUGGGUCGUUCUUGUGGUUAACAUACUAAACAAGGCAUACGAUACUACUGGUCUCCGCGGCCUCCGCAAACGGCUUGCCGACAUACCUGACGAUCUUGACACAUUAUUCCGCGAUAUGCUUUCUCGGGAUACUAUCAACACGCCGAAUCUUCUGUUAUGUAUACAAUGGGUUCUCUUCGCGAGGCGGCCUCUUAAGCCGAUGGAGCUCUACCUCGCUAUCAUUUCCGCGAGUAAGCCAGAAAACCUAGCCGACUACCAUGCGGGAGAUAUCACAGACGACGAAAUCGCCAAGUUUGUGCUCGAUACCUCGAAGGGACUGGCCGAGUUGACCAAGUCCGAGCAUCCUACAAUUCAGUUCAUCCACGAGUCCUUACUGGAGCGAGCCUCGAAAGGCAAAGCCACCAGGUGCUAA